AUGGAGAUUUGUGAAAAACUCAUUCUAGAUCUCAGGGGCUCGGAAAACAUCAGCAUUGCAUUCUGGGCCUUUUCUGGGAUCCUUCGGGCGGGCAGGGAGCCGGGCGGGGAAGGACGGCGCGCAGCUCAGCCCCGACCUGCUCCGCCUGGCUCCUUCCGGCGGGCUGGAGUCUCCCUGAAGGUCACCGGGAACACCCCGGAGUCCAGGCUGCCCAGCCCCAUCGAGGAGUCCGACCAGAGGGUCUUUGGGAACUAUUACCAGCUGUUCGCGGCCUCGGUGGGCGACGUGGAAUGGCUGCGGUUCUGCUUGAACCAGCGCCGCGGGGAAAUCGAGGCCAACGACAAGGGCUUCGCUGCUAUCCACUUGGCAGCCCAGCAGGGCCAGCUGACCUGCCUGCAGAUCCUGAUAGACGAGUACGAGUUCCCCGUGGACCUGCCCACCCAUGGCGGCGAGACAGCCCUGCACCUCGUCAUCCACAAGGACAACGAGCCCGUGGCCCUCCCGUGCAUUCAGUACCUGCUCGAGAAAGGGGCGAGCCUCGAUGCUCAGACACACAAUGGCUCCACACCCCUGCACCUGGCAGCUUGUGAGGGCCUGCUGGGCUGUGUGAAGGUCCUGGUACAGAGGGGCGCCAAUGUCCACGCCCAAGAUGCCUUGGGCUGCAAACCCAUUGACUACUGCAAGAUGUGGAACCACCGCACCUGUGCCCGGUUCUUGAAGGAUGCCAUGUGGAAACGGGACAAGGAUGACUUUGCCCGUGAGAUGGGGAAACUGAAGAGGCUCAAGGAGCAGCUGGCCCUCAUAGAGCUGGACUACCUGACUGAGUACCAAAAGGAACACAAGGUUCUGAGAGAGGAGGAUUUCACCAAGUGGCUCCGCUGCAGGUUGUUCAACCAGCGCCACUCUCUGCUCACCAAGGACAAGCAAGUGGCCAGUACCCGAUCCCGCCCCACCAUCCUCCCCAAAACCUCAGAAUACCAAGGCCCGCAGACUUCCCAGAGCUCCCAGCCCUGGAGGAAGGCACAGAUUGGAAGCAUACAGCAGUGCCCGGCUUGGUUGCCCACCAAGCCCAUCUACAGGCGGCCCCCACUCAGGCGGCCCAAACUGUGGAAUCCUAGCAACAACCCCGCCAGUUCUCCCCCCACCCAGUUCAGCUACCCCCAGGGCAUCCGCCUGGGCGUGCAUCCAGACUCCUGCAGGGAGCAAGACUUCAGCAGCUUCCUGGAGGUGAUCCCCGGCCCCCAUGGCUACGCAUGGCUGCACACGGCCAAUGGCCACUGGGUGGCGCCCGUGCCCCGGCUGCCUUUGGAGGUGAUGGUCCGCGAGCUGUACCCACAGAAGCAGCUGUACAGGAUGAAGGUACCCCAGGGCUUUCAUGCCGUCACCAUCAAGGACGUGCCCCACAAGCGGCACUUGGACAACCGCACCUUUUGGACCGACACUCUGGCCAUGAGCCUGCGCGACACAUUUGACGAAGGCUUCCUGGCCAAUGUGCGAGCUCAUCGGGGGCUCCCUGCUCUGCCCACCCCCACAAGCCCUCUGUAA